GUUAGAACAAGUAUGACUGUUGAUCGAAGAGUUUGCAAAAAUUUCUAAUUUCAUUCGUUCCUCUCAUAAAGAAGAGAAAAAAAAUUAUAAAACAAUAAAUGUGAGUGCUGAAAAAAGGAUUGUGUAAAAUUAAUCAUAUAUGAAAUGUAACAGCUAAAAGUGAAUAAAGAAAAAAUAAUUGAAAAUUAAUAAAAAAAAGGAAGAAUAAAGGAAACAUAAAUUAAUCAUCAAGGAAAAUUAAAAACAGAUUGUGAAAAAAAUUCUAAUCAUCUUCAUUUGAAGAAUAUUUCUUUUCAAGAGGGAAAUAUUGAUCAUUAAAAGUGCAUUUGUCAUCGUCAACCACGGCAAUGCCUGUUCCAGGCAGCGUGCAACAGGGUCAGAAUCCAACACAGGGACUUGUUCAUUGGAUGAGUGCAGUCAUGGCUGAGCAUAUGACAUCAAAUUCCCAUCAUGAUUCUGUUGGAAUGCAUUACAUGUGGAAUGGAGCUGUCGAGCAAUGUGCUCAACAUACGAAAGAUAUUACUGAUUAUAACAAUUGGACUCCGCGAAAUCAUAUGUCAAUGAAGCAAGGCUUUGAGGCAAAGAUGAAUAUAGAUCAUCAUGGAUCAAUUCAAAAAGGUCAUCUAUUGGAUGAACAUCAUGGCAUUAAUAUUCAAAAUAAUCAAGUAUAUUCAACCACUGGACCAUUAAGAACUACUUCUAGUAGCAAUUCACCUGGAAAUCUACAUGGCCAACAAUCAUCCACACUUUUGGUUGUUCCACAACCUAUCAAUGCAACAAAGAUAUCAACAGGUCUAUCUAACAAUACAGGUCGAAAAUAUCAAUGCAAGAUGUGUCCUCAAAUAUUUUCUUCCAAAGCUGAUCUUCAACUUCAUACGCAGGCACAUAUGCGAGAAGCAAAACCAUAUAAAUGCACACAAUGCUCUAAGGCAUUUGCGAAUUCAAGCUAUUUAUCACAACAUACACGAAUACAUUUAGGAAUCAAGCCCUAUCGAUGUGAAAUUUGUCAACGUAAAUUCACUCAACUUUCACAUCUACAGCAGCACAUUCGUACUCAUACAGGUGAUAAGCCCUAUAAAUGUCGUAAUCCAGGAUGUGUUAAGGCUUUCUCACAACUUUCAAACCUCCAAUCGCAUUCGAGAAGUCAUCAAACUGAUAAACCAUUCAAAUGCAAUUCAUGUUAUAAAUGCUUCGCAGAUGAACCGUCGUUACUUGAACAUAUUCCCAAACAUAAAGAGUCAAAGCAUUUAAAAACGCACAUUUGUCAAUAUUGUGGAAAAUCAUAUACGCAAGAAACUUACUUACAGAAACAUAUGCAGAAACAUUCAGAAAGAACUGAUAAGAGACCACCAAUUUCAGGAAGAAGUCAGGGAAAUCAGAACAGUAAUAACAAUAACAAUAGUGCUGCUAAUUCAACAAACAACAACAACAAUAACAAUCACAACAGUAGUCUUUCAACUAAUCAAUCUGCAAAUAAUAACAACAAUCCUAAUGUUUCCAUGUCAUUAAGUUCUGUUGUCCAAACCGGUGUCUCGUUGCAACAAGAUCAUCCAUAUUGGCCAAAAGUAAGUCCCGAUUCAGCAGCAAACAUUUCAUCCGAAGUGAUUCAACAUCAGCACCAACAAGAAUUUCAGUUACCAAAUGGACAUGAACUUCAUCAUCAUAGGGACGAAAAUGUUGAGAAUGAUUUGAAUGGGCAAACUUUGAAUGUUUCGUCAACCUCAAAUGUGUACGAUAAUCAAUCAAAACUUGUAUCAAAUUCUGCAUUUACACCCAUUAACGCCAUGCAAUCUCCCUUCAAUUUACAACAUCAUCAGUUAGCACAGCGACCCUACAUUUAUGAUGCAAUUAGCAUUCCAAAUAAAAAUGUACAAAAUACUGGAAAUAGUUUUCCAAAUCAAUUAAUAUCUCUACAUCAAAUUAGAAAUUAUCAACCGAGCGGUUUAAUGACUGGUGAGCAUAUACUUGGUGUUAAUGUUGUUGGCAAAGAAAAAGAAUAAAACUUUUAAAUAAUCAAUUAAUCUGAAAUUUUAGCUGCUAAUUAAGGAUUUCCACCGUCCAGUAGAUAUCAUAAUGCGCAUCCUAAAUUCCUUAGCAUAGUCGUUUUUCUUAUUUUUUAUUAAAGUUACCGCGCUUAAAUUCUUAAAGGUCAGUUCUGUUUACUAAUGACUUCCAGCAUUUAUUAAGGAUAAUUAUCAAACUUUUUUUGGGCAAAUCAUUUCUCUGAAACAGAGAUAGGCAAAAAUUUAUUUUAUUAUGGACGUGAUUUGUAGCUGGCCCUUGAUAAAAAAUAAUCUAAACUUGAAAAAUUCGAAUAAUAUCCUGAAAGGAUCUAAAUGUUUUAUUAAUGAUCUGCACCAGAACUGUUUACUAAGUUGUUGUUUUGGCUUGAUGAAAUAUUAAUCAGAAUGUUUAUUUGGAUCAGCACUGAUGUAAAUUUAGGGCAUCGUUAAACUAUUCAUGACAGCCACGCAUCGACAUAAUGUUGGUAAACUAAGCAUAUCUGACCAAGUCAUCUGAUUAAACAACACUGAGUUGCAAAUGAUAACAGUUAAAUUUUGUUGCUUUCUAUUCCUAUCUAUGUGAACUUUUGUCAAACGCGCGAAACUGAUCUACAUGAUUAAACUUUUUAAAUAAAUCACCAUAAAUGAAUGAAUGAAAUAAUUAUUUAAAUAAAUAUGAAUUAGUAAUUAUACAUUUUAAAAGAAGAGUAAAUAAUGUCUGUAAGUAUUUUAUAACAUAUUUCAUUAAAUGUCAAAUCAAAGGGGUAUCAAUUAAAAUUUCAUAAUAAAAUGUAAGCUUGAUAAAUAAAUUUUAAAAAAAUUAAAGAACGUGAUUUCUAUCAAGAUAUUAAGCUUUUUAAUAAUGUCAAAACUCAUUGCGUCAAUUCAAUGUACUAUAAAUGUUUAAAUUCAGAAUUUUAGACUUUGAAAAUGUUCCAAUUCAUAAAUUAAAUUUAAAGAACAAUUAGAAAUAUCUUAUUCAUGUCGGGAACAAUAUUGUUCAUCGUGAUCUCAUAUGAAUAGAGUACACAAGAAUGGUUUUAUCAUAACUAUCUUAUUUGCUCAAUUUUCUUUAUUAUUUCAGUUUUAAAAAAAUCAAAAAGACCACGAUGAUAUUUGUUUAUAAAUAUAAAUGAUUUAUGUUUAUGCUCAUAUUUUCCUCUGCUAAUUCCAUAACCGUAAGAUCAUAAAUCUGUGAUAUUAUUCUCAACGCAUCUCAAAACAUUUAAUUGCUGUAAAUUUAAAUAUAAUAAUAUGAGUACAUGAACUUAAUUGUCUUAUAUUUCCCCAAAAAAAAAAUUAAAAUGUUUGUAAAUUUAAAUCUAAUCCUACAUAUUAAAUUAUGUAUUUCUUUUUGUAAUAUGUUCAAUUCUAUUGAUAAAAUGAUGAUAAGAAUAUUAAAUAAUAAAAUGAACUUGUACAUGUU